UGACACCCAGUGGAAAAUCAUGGAAGCUGGAUGACAACAGAGCCUCCUGUCGUCAAAAGUGAUGGUUAGAGCUUGGGUACAAACGAUGGCUGGCAGACCCUGUCGUUUUAUUUCCAGAAUGUAAGGAACGUUAUUUUACAGACUGACAACAUGAAUGACAUUUUGGAAGAACAAGAAAGGGACACUCUUCUGGCCGUGCCCGAGUGUCAAGUUAUGUCCGACACCGGCAGUAGACCCAAGCCUCCAGAAGUAGGGCUGCGGCCAGUGGAGAAGAGGGGACCAUACAUCAUGUCCAAAGCCCCUGCCAUCCACAUGAAACUGCAGAAGCACAGAGAGAUGGCACGCAAAGCCCUGAAGAAGAAAGGCUUUGCGUCUUCAGGACCGGUUCUGCAGCAGCCCAGGGUCAAAAAAAGUGUCAAGUUUAACAAGGGUUACGCUGCCCUGAGCCAGAAUGCAGACGAGACUCUGGUGUCUCUGGACUCGGACAGUGAUGUGGAGCUGGAAUCGCAGUACUCCUCUGGCUACUCCUCAGCAGAGGUGCACCCCGACCUAAACAAGCAGCUGCUGAAGGACGGCUACCACCUGGACGAGAUGCCGGACGACGAGGACCUGGACCUCAUCCCGCCCAAGCCCAUGGGCUCCUCCGUCUGCUGCUGCGCCGCCGACAGCCCCUCUUGCUCCCUGCAGUAACCCCCACCGCGCCACUCACCUCAGGCCCCCUCUCCCCUCAGACCCCUCACCCCUCCACCCUUACCGCCCUGGCCCUCAACUUCACCUUUGACCUCUGAACUUUGGACUUGACUCUGUGGUGCGCACCGUCCACUUGGGGAGAAAAAAAAAAGGCUUUGAGGGAGUGUAGGGAUAGGAGGCGGGCGGGGGGGCUUGCCACUAUUGUUACCACAGACACUACAGCUGCUAGCGAUGCAACGAGGGACUGUCCUCACUGGCACGCGGCCUUCUGGUUCCAUCCACCAGAGGGCGGUGGGGAGCAAGGCCUGUUAACCUGUCUGCUGUGCUGCCUUGGUGUGCUGUUGAGGUUAAUGAGGUCCUGCAGAGGAGUCUUGUUGAUGUUACUGGGGGAACACGAUUCCUGAGGGUUUGUAGGCUUUUUUAUGUUUAAAAAAAGGUAUUGCUAUUCUUUUAAGCGGCAGUGGA